AUGCAGGUGACCGUGGAAACCCUAGGAGUGCAGGGGUCGUUCCUCGUCAACGUGUUCUCCGACAAGAGCUGCCCGGGGCUGCUCGUCUCCGUCCUGGAAGCCUUCGACGAGCUCGGGCUCAGCGUCCUCCAGGCCACCGCCUCCUGCGCCGACUCCUUCCGCCUCGAGGCUGUGGGCGGAGAGAACGUGGCGGACAACGUGGACGAGCACGUCGUGAAGCAGGCCGUCCUGCAGGCCGUCAGGAACUGCUCCGAGAGCGGCAGCGAGCAGGACGAGGAGUAG